CUGAGCUCGGCAGUGACGCGCGGCCCUCACGUGAUCAGGAGCCUAUGUCUGCCCAAGUCCCUCUCGUCCUGGUCCUUUCUGCCUGCCUAGACACCGUCUCCCUGUUCCCCUUUGGUCGAGAGGGAAAGCAGAAGGAAGUCUGCAGGUCACAGCGGGCGACCUCGAGGAGAGGACGACUAGGAGCACACAGCCCGGAGAGGUCCAGAAUAACUGUGCUUGAAGAGGAAAAUUCCCAACAUGGAAAAAUCAUGCAAAGAAAAUGAAGAACAGCCACAGAGCGCGCCAAAGACCGACGAGGAGCGGCCUCCGGAGGAGCACUCGCCCGGAAAGCAGUCUCUCGAGGAGCAGUCUUCGGAAGAGCAGUCCUCGGAGGAGGAGUUCUUUCCAGAAGAGCUCCUGCCUGAGCUGCUGCCGGAGAUGCUCCUUUCAGAGGAGCGCCCUCCGCAGGAGCGCCUUUCCAGGAAGGACCUGUUUGAGCAGCGCCCUCCCAUGGAGCAGCCUCCCUGUGGGGUCGGAAAACAUAAGCUAGAAGAAGGAAGCUUUAAGGAGAGGCUGGCUCGUUCUCGCCCGCAAUUUAGAGGGGACAUACAUGGCAGAAAUUUAAGCAAUGAGGAGAUGAUACAGGCAGCAGAUGAGCUGGAGGAGAUGAAAAGAGUAAGAAACAAAUUGAUGAUAAUGCAUUGGAAGGCAAAACGGAGCCGUCCUUACCCGAUUUAAUUUGUUCGGCCUUUAAUUCUGUUUUGCCUGCUAAUAUUAUAGUAUUGCCACCUGAACUUUCUGUUUACGUUUUCGUUUAUGCGUUUUCCCAUCUUCUUAAUUUUAACUUUUUAUAUGGCUUUAUUUUAGGUGUUUGGCUCGUAACUGGCAUAAAAUUGGGGUUUUUUCCCCCUAAAGUCUGCAAGUCUCCCUCUUUCAAUCACAAGUCCCACCCAUUUGCAUGGAAAGAUGUACAUUAUAUGAUGUGAAGUGAAAAAAAGCAAUUUUCAAAGGGUAUAUAUAGUAUCCCGUUUUGUAAAACAAAUACACAUAUAUUUAUAUAUUAAUAUGCAAAGAAAAAACAAAGUAUAUACUUAAAAGGCUUAACAGUGGCUAUCUGUGUAAUAGGGGAUUUUAAAAAAUUGUUGUUUUAUCUGAGUUUCUCGUUUUUUCAAGACGAACACACUUGUGUUGUAAAAAAAACAAUAUAAUGAAAAGAUGUGAAGCAAUUUUGAAAAAAACUGUCAAUCAUCUUAUUAUAAAGACAAUGUGGCACUUAAUAAAUACUCAUCAGAACUUUAAAAAAAA